UUUUCUCUCUUCUCUCUUUCUCUCUCUUAGGCCUAUGACUCUUUUCUUGACUCCUUUUCAUCUGCUAAAGCAUAUAAACACUUGAAUUUCACCCGUGGACUCGAGUUCCAUCCCACCAUUUUCCGGAUUGAGAUUAUUAGGCAUCCCCUCCCCCACUAUCUAUCUUUCGCACAAUGUGCCCUGGUGCAGACAACGAGCCCAAUGGGCAUACAAAUGGCGUUAACGGCCACUCUGAAGGAAACCAUCCCGGCUACACUGCUGUCGAAACCCGCCAGAACCCUCACCCCUCUGCUACCCGCAACCCCUACGGCCACAACGUUGGUGUUACUGAUUUCCUGAGCAACGUCUCCCGCUUCAAGAUCAUCGAGAGCACUCUUCGUGAGGGUGAGCAAUUCGCCAAUGCUUUUUUCGACACCGAGAAGAAGAUCGAGAUUGCCAAGGCUCUCGAUGACUUUGGUGUCGACUAUAUCGAGCUUACUAGCCCCUGUGCUUCAGAGCAGUCCCGACGUGACUGUGAGGCCAUCUGCAAGCUAGGUCUCAAGGCCAAGAUCCUUACUCACAUUCGAUGCCACAUGGAUGAUGCCCGGGUUGCCGUUGAGACUGGUGUCGACGGAGUUGACGUCGUCAUUGGAACCUCUUCUUAUCUUCGUGAGCACUCUCACGGUAAGGACAUGACCUACAUCAAGAACACUGCCAUUGAAGUCAUCAACUUUGUUAAGUCCAAGGGCAUUGAGAUCCGUUUCUCCUCCGAGGACUCUUUCCGCUCUGACCUCGUUGACCUCCUCUCUAUCUACUCCGCCGUUGACCAGGUUGGUGUCGACCGUGUUGGUAUUGCCGACACCGUUGGCUGUGCGUCCCCUCGCCAAGUCUACGAGCUCGUCCGCGUUCUGAGAGGCGUCGUUAGCUGCGACAUUGAAACUCACUUCCACAACGACACCGGCUGCGCCAUCGCUAACGCCUACUGUGCUCUUGAGGCUGGUGCUACCCACAUCGAUACCUCCGUUCUCGGUAUCGGUGAGCGCAACGGUAUCACCCCUCUGGGGGGUCUCAUGGCCCGCAUGAUGGUUGCCGAUCCCCAGUACGUUAAGGGCAAGUAUAAGCUCGAGAAGCUCAAGGAUAUCGAAGAUCUCGUUGCCGAGGCCGUGGAGGUUAACAUUCCCUUUAACAACUACAUCACCGGUUUCUGUGCCUUCACGCACAAAGCCGGUAUCCACGCCAAGGCCAUCCUCAACAACCCCAGUACCUACGAGAUCAUCAACCCCGCUGAUUUCGGUAUGACAAGAUACGUCCACUUUGCCUCGCGUUUGACCGGUUGGAAUGCCAUCAAGUCGCGUGCUCAGCAACUCAACGUCCAGAUGACCGAUGACCAGUACAAGGAGUGCACCGCCAAGAUCAAGGCCCUGGCUGAUAUCCGCCCCAUUGCCGUUGACGAUGCUGACAGCAUCAUCCGCGCUUAUUACCGCAACCUCAAAUCCGGAGAGAACAAGCCUCUUCUUGAUCUGACCGCUGAUGAGCAUGCUCAAUUCAUUGCCAAGGAAAAGGAGCUGGCUGCUCAGGGCGUUGCCGCUUAAACGAGCACUUCAUUUCCUCUGUUUCUUUUUUUUUUUCUCUCAUUUGCUAUGAACUAUUCCAUUUGGAAUACGGUGACCCUGUUUUCCUAGAGCUUUGAUCAUAUUCCCCAAGCGACUCCUUGCAAGAAGAGAGACGUGGAUUUCCUUUCUUUAAUUUUUUUUUUU